UCAAGAGAGCGCUCUGAUUGGUCGAUAAGGGAGGCGUCGGGGGUCCCUGAGUCCUAAGGCUCUUGAUUGGCUAGAUGAGAUAAGCUUGUGAGACACUUACUUCCGAAAGAGGUUUGAUUGGUGGGCCAGGGAGGUUACCCGAGACUCCACCUUCCCCAGGGACUUUGAUAGGUGAGUUUAGGAUAGAAAGCAGAAAUUGUUCCUCAAAGGGUUUUUAACUGACCAGUCAGUGCACUUUCUUUCCUUCACAGGAUUAAGGAAGGUUUGUGUACCUAAAGCCUUUGGAAUUGUUAACUGGCUAACAAAGGGCUCUUAGUCCCUAGGCCGGGGUCACUCUCCUAGAGCUAGCCACCGCCCCCUCUCAGGGGAUCCUGAUAUUUCUAGAACAGGUUUUGCUUUCCCUAAACCCAAGCAGUUGACAGGAAGAGUCCCUGCACAGGUCCUAAGGAUGCUGUGAGCAGAAGAUGGGAUCACGGAACAGCAACAGUGCAGGAUCCGGGUCCGGAAACCCCUCUGAGGGCUUGCCCCGCAGAGGGGCUGGCCUGCGACAGAGUGAGGAAGAGGAGGAUGAAGAUGUGGAUCUGGCCCAGGUACUGGCCUAUCUCCUCCGCAGAGGCCAAGUGAGGUUGAUGCAGGGUGGAAGUGCAGCAAAUUUACAACUCAUCCAGGCCCUCUCUGACUCGGAGGACGAACCUGACAGUUUCUGGAAUGGUCACCUGGGGGCCCGAUGCAACCCACCCGUGAUCACAUUGGAUGUAAACCCUGACACCCGGGAGCUGGAAUGCAAUGAGAUCAAGACACAAGUGGAAUUGGCCACGGGACGACUGGGACUUAGGCGGGCAGCCCCGGAGCUCAGCUUUCCUCGGAUGCUGCACCAGAGAGAACGCGGCCUCUGCCACCAGGGAAGCUUCUCUCUCGGAGAGCAGUCUCGAGUGAUGUCGCACUUUUUCCCCAACUAUUUGGGCUUCACUGAUACCUACACUCAGAAGGUUUUCUGUGGCAUUUACAGCAAAGAUGGUCAGAUCUUCAUGUCUGCUUGCCAAGACCAGACAAUCCGCCUGUACGACUGCCGGUAUGGCCGCUUCCACAAAUUCAAGAGCAUCAAGGCCCGGGAUGUAGGCUGGAGCAUUCUGGAUGUGGCCUUCACGCCUGAUGGGAACCACUUCCUCUACUCCAGCUGGUCUGACUACAUUCACAUCUGCAGCAUCUACGGGGAGGGAGACACACACACCGCCCUGGAUCUAAGGCCGGAUGAUCGUAGCUUUGCUGUCUUCUCCAUUGCCGUCUCCUCGGAUGGACGGGAAGUGCUCGGAGGGGCCAACGACGGCUGCCUCUAUGUCUUUGACCGAGAACAGAACCGACGUACCCUUCAGAUUGAGUCCCAUGAGGAUGAUGUGAAUGCGGUGGCCUUUGCCGACAUUAGCUCCCAGAUCCUGUUCUCUGGGGGAGAUGAUGCUAUCUGCAAAGUGUGGGAUCGACGCACCAUGCGAGAAGAUGACCCCAAGCCUGUGGGCGCACUGGCCGGACACCAGGACGGCAUCACCUUCAUUGACAGCAAGGGCGAUGCCCGGUAUCUCAUCUCCAACUCCAAAGACCAGACUAUCAAGCUCUGGGACAUCCGGCGCUUUUCCAGCCGGGAAGGCAUGGAAGCCUCUCGCCAAGCUGCCACACAACAAAACUGGGACUACCGCUGGCAGCAGGUGCCCCAAAGAGUCUGGCAGAAGCUGAAGCUGCCAGGAGACAGUUCGCUGAUGACCUACCGGGGCCACGGGGUGCUGCACACCCUCAUCCGCUGCCGGUUCUCCCCCGCUCACAGCACCGGGCAGCAGUUCAUCUACAGCGGCUGCUCCACUGGCAGAGUGGUUGUAUACGACCUGCUCACCGGCCGCGUAGUGAAGAAGCUCACCCACCACAAGGCCUGCGUGCGCGACAUCAGCUGGCACCCCUUUGAGGAGAAGAUCGUCAGCAGUUCGUGGGACAGGAACCUGCGUCUGUGGCAGUACCGCCAAGCUGAGUACUUUGAGGAUGACAUGCCAGAGUCCAGAGAAGGCCCCCGGGCCCCUCCGCCAGCACCCCCCCCCUCCAUGGCCUCUUCCUCUCCUCAGUAGAGCUGACCUCCAGCCUCCUGUGUGGGUGAGCCUCUUGACAAGCUCUCUGCCUCCUCCUCCCCCCUUUCUCCCUUCUGGGGGAUAUUUGGAGGAACUGCUGGUAUUGGACUGGGAGAAACAAGCCCAGGCUUCUGGGCUCACCGCUGAGCCCUGGUGGGGUCCGCCCCUCAGGACAGAGUGGCCUCUUCUCACGCCAAGCGCGCACAUGCACACACAUGCGCACACGCACACGUACACACACACACACACACACACACACACACACAUUGGUUUGGGUCCCUAUCUCUGGCCAGGCUCUGGCAGGACUGCCAGCCCAGAUGUUUUGAAUCCUGUGUGGAUGCUAGGUGUUGGCUCAUAGAGUAGUAUGCCUGAGGCCAGAAGUGGCAUGACCAUUCAAUGCCCUCAAGUUGAGGAUUAGACUGGCCAGUCACGUGACUGGGCAUCCUGGCCUCUGUUCCUGCGGCGGUCUUGAUGGCUAGAAUUCUAGCCCUUUGGUGGGGAAGGGGGUUUUCUCAGCACCUUCCUGGGGUGGCAGUGAUGUCUUCGCUCCCCUGUCUGGGUCUUUGAGGUGGGAUAGGCAGGGCCAUGAAAGGCAGGAGCUUCCAAAAGCUCCGUGAGGCCUGCCCCAGUGCAGGCCUCCUCACCCGGGGCCCCGCCCUGCAGGAGGCAGCAGCUUCAAGGAGGAAGGUUGAGGUAGGGCUCCUUGGUCCGCUCACUGGCUUUGGCCCCCUCAAUAAACUCCCUGUGGGAACCUG